GACACCCUACUUACAAGGGAUUCUCUUUAGUUGUUAUUUUUGCCCGUUCUAUACUGCAAAUCACCUCUUCUCUCUAAAAACCCUAAACCUCUUUUCUUUCCCUCGUCUACUGCCCGCUGCCGCGCCACACCUUGCGGCAGUUGUGUGAUACGAAGGCCACCCGUAUCAUUAACGCACUUUCAAAUCUUUCAAAUCUGCUGCAGAGAAACUAUUGAUGACGGGCGGCAUUGCGGCAAUGGACACCCGAACCUAUUCGAACACUUCCCAGUGGUGACUCAAUUCUUUGAUGUCGCGGUGGAACGUCGUUACGUCGGUCCUCGGCAUCCUGGUGGAGUUUGAAGGAGCUAGAGGGCAAAUUGACAAGACAAGAAGUGUCAAUGGGAUAAGACUCGAGUUUGAUAUUUGGUAACUGCGCUGAGAAGCAACUAUGUUAAGUAUAGGGUCUCUACAAGUACCAGGCGGUCGACGUGUUUCGAGGAGCUGGACACGGAGAAAGCGGCGGCAGCGCCGGCAGUUCACCGUUCGUCUAUCUUCUUCUUCCUCAAAGAAAUCUCACUAGAAGUGAAUUGAGUUGCAGAGAACUAUGGCGGAGUAUGGAGAUACUGCAAUCAGUGAAAAUUUCCCGUUAUUUUCGCGCAAAAGGAUCUCACAGCGACCUAAACUCACCACCACCUCGGCGGCCGACAGUCCUCCAUCCAAGGAUCCCGGCGAUGGCCAAAACCCUACACACCUCGAGAAGGAGACGGACCCGGAUCCCACACCCGACCACAUCUCCUUUUCCAAUUUAGGUCUUGCAGAAUGGGCUGUCCAGACCUGCAAAGAGCUCGGCUUGAAGAAACCGACCCCUGUCCAACGCCAUUGCAUUCCCCGAAUCCUCUCCGGCCAGGACGUAUUGGGCAUCGCACAGACCGGCACUGGGAAAACGGCGGCGUUCGCCCUUCCUCUACUUCAUAUUCUCGCUCAAGAUCCCUAUGGAGUGUUUGCUCUGGUCGUCACUCCCACUCGGGAGUUGGCUUACCAGCUUGCCGAGCAGUUUCGUGCCCUAGGUUCGGGCUUGAACUUGCGGUGUGCAGAAGUGGUGGGAGGAAUGGAUUCUGUGAAUCAGGCCAAGACCCUGAUGCAGAGACCCCAUGUUGUAAUAGCCACCCCCGGGAGAAUCAAGACUCUUCUCCAACAGAGUCCUGAUAUCCCUUCCAUCUUCUCCAAAACCAAGUUCUUGGUUCUAGAUGAAGCUGAUAGACUUUUGGAUGUCGGGUUUGAAGAGGAACUGAGAGUAAUUUUUCAAUGUUUGCCAAAGAACCGCCAAACUCUGCUAUUUUCUGCAACAAUGACCCGAGAAUUGCAGACGUUACUCGAGGUCUCUGCAAACAAAGCAUAUUUCUUUGAGGCAUAUGAGGGGUUCAAUACUGUUGAAUCCCUUACUCAGAAGUAUUUGUUGACUCCAUCAAGCAUCAAGGAGGUUUCUCUUUAUUGUGUUUUGUCCAAAAUGGAGGAAAUGGGCAUUCGAUCAGCCAUUGUGUUUGUUUCUACUUGCAGGACCUGCCAUUUUUUGAGUUUGUUGUUGGAAGAACUUGAAAUGGAAGCUGUUGCAUUGCACUCAUUCAAUUCACAGUCUUUGAGACUCUCUGCACUACAUAAAUUCAAAUCACGAAAGGUCCCUAUCUUACUUGCGACUGAUGUUGCAAGUCGUGGUCUAGACAUUCCAACAGUUGAUCUGGUGAUAAAUUAUGAUCUUCCAAGAGAACCACGUGAUUAUGUUCACCGUGUUGGUCGAACUGCAAGAGCAGGUAGAGGUGGGCUUGCUGCUAGUUUAGUUACAGAGUAUGAUGUGAAACUAGUUCAUGAGAUCGAAGCUAUCAUUGGUAAACAACUGGAGGAGUUCCCUUGCAAAGAGAAAGAUUCUAGUGAUAAUGUCACAAAGGUUUUCAAGGCGAGACGUGUGGCAAAAAUGAAGAUGACAGAUGAUGGGUUUGAGGAGAAGGAAAAAUCCCGAAAAGCUCAGAAGGUUAAGAUGCGGGAAGAGAAAGGUUUGGUGAAGAAGAAUAGGCAAAAGAGGGAAAGAACUGAUACUUGAGUUUCAAAGAAUGAACUGCUCUUGUUUGUGAUUUUUAUUCAUUACUCCUUCCGUCCCAUUAUUUUUAGAACACGAGGAAGCGACACACGUCUUUAUGCUUGCUUGAUAAUGAACAUGUAAAGCAUCGAUAUAGUGAGAAUGGUUUUGAACCACACAAAAAAUUUGACAAAAUAUAGUGUCGCGGACGAAAAUGGUAAGAUGAGACAAUUAUAUUGGGACAGAAAGAGUAUAUAUAACACCAGCAAAUCUAAGGCAUAGU